UGUUGUGAUCACGUGACCAGUAGCACCAGCGGAUUGCGCGUAGCAUUUCACCCUAUGCAGUGCCGUAUCUCCAUUAUAGCGUUAUAUACCAAUAACAAUAGAGCAAUCGAUGAAAACAGGUAAUCAAGCAGUGGUGUGCUGAUGCAGUUUGACUAGGAGGUCCAAUGAUGGUCCUUCAUCAUUUCGUUUGCGGGGUGUCUCUUCGGAUUCUACCCCUAUUCAUGUUUCUCGUCACUAUAGACGUUGUCGACAGCAAGAUGCCAUCCUACUAUGGUCCCAUACCCGAGCCGGAUUCUAAUCAGCAACAUAGCGGUAGAUACCACUGGGUGAAAUCAGCCAUGGAGAAACUUCGAAGUGGAUGUCAAAUCAUGGAAGUUUGCUCUAUAGACAUGGAACAGCGUCUUGGUAUGGCGAAUGGGGACAUCACAGAUGAUCGCAUCACUGCCUCAUCGUAUGCCUCUCAUCUUUUCAAUGGGAAUAGCUACCCACCUGAAAGAGCCAGGCUUGAUAUAACGGGUUUUCCUACUGGAUGGUGCGCUAAGGUUUCAAGUCCGAAUCCCUGGAUACAAGUUGAUCUUCAAGACAGAGUGUUUAUCACUGCUUUAAUCACACAAGGAUACGAUGUCAGCUAUUACGUAACAAAGUAUGUAGUGUCUUACAGCGAUGAUGGCCAAGAGUGGGUCUACGUGGACAGUGCUGAUGGAACACGAACCGAGUUCACCGGUAAUAACGAUGGCGAAAGUCACGUGACCGCUAGAUUUGAGGAUGGCUUCAUGGCCAGGUUUGUGCGCAUUUCACCGCUCUUGUGGAACCUUGACACAAGAACUGACUACUGCUGUAUGCGUUUUGAGGUAUUGGGUUGUAAGAAAUAAUCGAGAGAAAAACAAAGCUCUGAAAACACACAGUAAACGUUUAGAGCUUGUAAUUUUGUAUAUAUUUUGAAACUUUGAAAAGACACAUUUUAUUAAAGCGGGACGUCGUCUCAUUUUGUUUGCAUAGACUUUUUCAAAAAAGUAACCAUUGAACAAGUGCUAGCUUGAAUAAGGUGCAUGCUGGUCUAGCUAGAUUGAUUCGAUCGCUAGCGAGAUCACCAGCAUAUAACGCGGGCGUUGUGAAAGAGUGAAAAACCACUCGUUAUUAUAAGUUAUUAUGUUUUGUCCGCCACACCCACUCUUGCAAAAGAGCCAUAUGGCGGACAACCUUUUUUUGUUUGUUUGUGAACGACAGGUACUUUCAACUAGAGUGAGGUUUGUUUCAAUUUCACUAAAAAAAAGUGUGACACAGAUUGACUUUCACUCUCAAACGAGCGAGACUAACACAACUCAGACAAAAGAGUAACACUUUCGCUAUUUUACAGUAAAGAGAGAUAUCGAGUAUUUUGCGAGAUGGCUCUUCGAGGUGCCUUUGGGCUAUCGUAGAGGUGCGUCUGUGUCUUUAUUAUCGUCCACCUUGAAAGCAUUAUCUUCCCAUUAUUUCAAUCUAAACCGAAUUCCUUGACUUAGUUUCCCGAGUCAGAGGGUAACCUGUCCCCCUGAGAUUUGUCAACCAGUCAUGGAGAUGAACGAGCGCUGAAGUGGGAUGGAGGAUUCAAAAGAGGGCGCUAUUAGAUUUGCCGUUGGUGGGAGGGGGGGGGGACAUCAGAAUCGUGUGCCAUUAUUCUAAAAUACGGGUGGAACUAUGCCAGCUGUUUUAGACAGGGCCAGUUCUUCUAAACGAAUGACUGAAAACCCAAAUUUUCCAGAUUGCAGGCAGGCGACCACAAUGUAAAACUACACUGAAAAAUCAAAGCAAAGACGAUGUGACCUCUGUUUACAUUCAAACCGCCGUCUGUUCAAAAAACACCGUAAACGUCAUGUUUCGCCGGGCAAAAAGACACGUAGUCGUGGUAAGAUUGCAUACACUUUCUAGCUGGCUGCCAAAACACAAAGGUUUUGCCCGGCGGUAUGCGCGAGAAUUAUGUUAUGGUUUUAAGUCACAUCGUCUAUACAGGGUGCGUUCGUUUAGCUUCCCUGGGUCGACCCCAGUGUGUGGUGGUUUUUUCC